AUGUUCACCGUUCUUGGUGCACCGAUGUUCCGCGUUCCUGCUACUGUCGUUUUCGUUGCAGCACUGUGGGCGAGCUAUGCGUGUGCAGCUGCACUCCAUGGCCACCGUCCCGUGAAGGAUACCGUACCUUUUGACGGGCAGUACCUUGCGGCCAACUCCAGCAACACGCAAACGGAGUGGUGGUACAUCCAGGGAGUCUCUGAGCCUGUCGGAGACGAAUCACCGUCCAGCGUGGUAGUGGUCUUCUACCAAGGCAACGUCUUAUACACCGCUCCUGCCGGUAACAUGGAGCCUGAAUUCACUAUCAGUAUCAGCGGAUUCUUGUCGAACGGAACGACUUAUAAUGUCACUAUUCCAACGACCACCGGGACCAUCACUACUGACGGCCAAGCCGUUGACGGUACAUGGGGUACUGCCGGGAAAUUCUUCUUGAGCAGCGACUUAAACACCUUCACGGUCGAGUUGAACUCACCAGAGUAUGGAAUGUCUGGAUCCAUCGUCUUGACCUCCAGCGCGUCGCCCCACUAUGCCUGCAACGUCACCGAUGACCCCUACUUCGACACUGCUGUGCCCGCAGGAGUGUCGCUCAGUCCCACCGAAACGGCGCUGUUUACAGAGUUCGGCUGGGCCGUGACGAUCCCCGGCGGACAGGCCGUUGUGGACCUUCUCAUCGACGGCACGCCGCUGCAGUUCAUCGGGAACGGGUACCACGACCACAACUUCUCCCCCGCGGCCAUCUUUGGCUACGCCUCGCAGUGGCAGUGGCUCCAGGCGCAGGUCGGGCCGUACGUCCUCACCGGCGCGAUUAUGCAGGCGAUCAACUCGACGCUCAUCGCUAACACGGGCUACCUCGCGGAGUCUGGCGUGGUCGUGCAGAACCAGUGCAGCUUAGUGGGCUCGCGGAGGGUGGACUUCAACUCCGUCACGCCUUACGGCGCCAGUUUCGACAAUGUCACUGGCGCCGUCGUCCCGCAGGGCUUCCUGUUGGACUACACGCUGGAGGAUGGGGAGCAGUACAGUUUCAACCUGACUACCGUUGGAACAUUCCCAGACACACCCAUCUAUUACAGGUGGAUCGGGACUGCUACUGGUGGGAAGGUUGGCGGAGUGCAGUACACGGGGACAACCAUACACGAAUGGUUGGACCCCAGUUUGUCGUUGUAUACUCCAUCUCAGUAA